AUGGAGAUGGAGGGACUGAAAAGGAGUGUUGCAUUUCUCAAAGAACACGCUGACAUAGGUGUGGUGAUAACAGACAGGCACAGGCAGAUUGGAAAAUACAUAAGAGAGGAGAUACCUGAGGCAGUGCAUCAAUAUGAUGUAUGGCAUGUGGCCAAAGGUUUGAAGAAAAAGGUCAAUGCCCUGUCUAAACUGAAAGGAUGUGAAGAUGUUGGUUUAUGGAGAAGGAGUUUGGUAAAUCAUAUGUAUUGGUGCUCCUUGUCAACUCCGAGUGGAGACGGGGAGAUGAUAGCAGCCAAAUGGAAAUCUAUAGCAAACCAUGUCCAGAAUAAACAUUCAGGUCAUGGUGAGCUGUUUCCAAAAUGUAGGCAUGGACCAUUGCAUGGAAGAGACAGACAAAAAGAAUGGUUGAAACCAAGUACAAAGGCAUGUGAAAAAUUAGUAGAUAUAAUUACAAAUACACACCUGUGUAAUGAUGUAAGAAAACUGUCGCCGCUGUACCAAACCUACAGUUUAGAGGGAUUCCACAGCUUGGUCAUACAGUUUGCUCCAAAGAUGUUGGCAUACUCUUAUAAUGGAAUGUUGUCAAG